AUGGCCUCCACUGCCACACUCGAUCUCUCGUCCAAACGACGACGCUUUCAACCGCCCAUCACAACGUUCUUCACCCCAUCCAUCGACCCUACUGCUCCCUCUUCGCCUUCUCACUUAUCCCACAAUCACUAUGCCGCCAUAACACACUCACCCCACCCAGUCGUCCCCGCCAAGGUCCAAGCGUCGCUUCUCUCGGUCGGGAUGCGUGUACGCAAGUCCAUCGCCGACGGUUACAAGACGAAUCUCGCAAAGACAGAGGAAAAGUACACCACCUAUGAGGAUAAUAAAGCCACACUCAACAAAAUAAAUACAACCCCCACCACUCACACCACCAUUCCGAACCGUUCAGAACUUGCUCCAUUCUGCGGAAUGAGCAAAUCGGACGAAGUCCUUCAGCCCUUCCCUCACCCAACGGGACACGCUCUCCGCGACCAUAGCCGGACAAUCGCAACAGACGAAAUGGAUGAUGCAUUCUCGCUUCCUCCUAGCAGUCAGGAUUCCGUUGAUUCUGAACUAUCCACACCCACAAUGAAUAUCACUCAGAGGAAGCGCACCCACGGUGACUUUGACUUCGACCCCUACGAAGACGAAAGCGAACAGAUUGAUCCCGGUGAUGAUGAGGGCAUGCCGCAAACAUGGCAUGACCCAUUGCGCCAACACCCAGUAACCCACACAACCGGUCGAACGAUCCUUUCACCAACAGUCAACCACCAACGUCGGCGCGCAUUUGGGCUGCAGAAUUACAAGGCGGUUCAGAGUCCAAUGGACCUUGAUGAUUUUGAAGAACCGGCGUUCUUGCGGAAGCGGGAAGAGGUUGAUAUGGAUGUCGAGGUUCAGAUGGAUGUCGAGGUUCAGAUGGGUGGAAUCUGA